AUGAGCUCGGCCUUCUCUCCUUCGUUCAUCGAACAACGAUCUUCGAACCUGAGCUUCGGCGUGUCUCCGCCUGCCGGACUCUCUGAGGAUCACAGCAUCUCCCAGCACUCGGACUCUCUCUCCAACUCCGUCCCCUUCCUCCUCUACCCGUCCGGCAUGGACCCCACCGGCCUCGGCCUCUACAGAGGUCCUCUGAGGGGCCCUGGCCCUGGGAUCCUGCCCUAUCUGACCCCCUUUCACCACCACGGACACUUCAGCGUCUACGAGUGUCCAUUUGAGCCGGCAUUCAUCCAGAAACGAAAUGAGCGGGAGCGUCAGAGGGUAAAGUGUGUCAACCAGGGUUACGCCAAGCUGAGAGACCACCUGCCAGGUCAGAGUGCCGACAAGCGCCUAAGCAAGGUGGAGACGCUGCGGGCCGCCAUCAGGUACAUCAAAUAUCUGCAGGGCCUGGUGGAGCUGGAGGACACCAGGCACAGCGGAGGGGCGUCGCCCAGCACCUCGUCUCCGGGCCUAGACUGCAGUGCUGAGGCGGAGACCUUCACCUGCUAA